AUGGGGGACUGGGGACUCCAAAGUGUUACUGUUGCCGAUGCUGCGGACUUGGCCCGCAACAAUAUAUCCGCUUUUUGGCAAGACCGCAUCUGGAGAGUUAUAUGGCCCAGCCACGUUACUCAAGACUUUCUUAUUGCCCAGAUGGCUAAGCGUCAGUCCAACAGUCUCUUGAGGAACCGUGCGGCGACCCGACAUCAGAAAGCUGUUGACCCGGCUACCGGAGCCUUGGUCGGAUACGCCCGCUGGGUGCUUCCAAACAGCCAUCUGCAGGCGAAGAAUGGCAACGAGCCAACGUGGCCAGGAGCCUUAGUGCCCACAGUCAGCGAAGAGGAGCAACGCUAUCUCGAGCAGCUGGCCGGAUCCUCCUGGUGGCAGUUUCGGCCCGAGGUUGAGCAUAUGGACAACAGAGCUAUUGCUGUGAAGAACCGGAUCAUGUCGACGAAGCCUUAUUUGAUGCUUGAUUACCUAGCCGUCCAUCCAGACAAUCAGGGAAAGGGCAUUGCUUCCUUGUUGGUCGCCAGCGGCAUACGGGAAGCUAAAGCUAUGGGCCUUCCUAUAUUCAUUCUUGCUUUCGAAGCCGGUAUCGGUGUCUACAAGCGACUGGGAUUCCGUGAAGUUGACCGAGUGACUGAGGAUAUGGCUAACCAUGGAGGCGAAGGGGAGUAUGUGGUCUACAUGAUGGUCUACGAUGUCAAUACAAUGGGUGACAACCCACAACUGGUAGUAUCAAAGGGCAGUUCAAGAGAUGUAGUGCUAUCGCGAAUAUGGCCAAGUGCCGCUGAUAUUUGGAGACGCUACUGGGAAACAACAGAGACCACAGAUACCGAAGAAAGCCUUUAG